AUGUCUUCCCCUCUGCCUCUUCUGCCCGCCCCUGCCAAGGACAUCAUCUCCACGAUGCCAGGGGAGAUCCUUGGCAUCAUCAUCGGCCAUGUGCCGGAGUUGAAAACUCUGGCAAAGCUCAACGCCGUGAGCAGGAAGUGGCGUGGUAUAACUACGCCAAGGCUCUACCGGACCGUCUCGGUCCAAGUCCUCGGUCCCAGCGACUGGGACCAAUUUCAACUUCUCCUCCGGCCGCACAUCCACAACCUGGGGCUCCAAUCCCUUAGGACUGACUACCGCCAUACAUGGUUCCGUGCCUUCAAAGUCCCUGAGGGUGCCGUCCACGUGAAGAGGCUGCUUGUCAGCGGGAUAGCCAAGCUGGAGGACCCUCAGCGUAUCGAGAUGGCCACAAGAUGGGUCGGGUAUGCACUCAGCAACAUGGACUCCUUAGAGGGAUUCCAUUGCGACGAGCUCACUGACUUUAUGGUAACCCAAAUCUACCGCCUCAAUAACUUAAAGGAGGUGGGUCUCUGGAACGAUGAGAAAGCCGACAGUCUACGGGACUUGAGGCACUUGAGAGACCUGACGUAUCUGAGCCUCGGCGGGGAUAUGGCAUGCGGGGAUCACACGAUCCCCACGAUGCUCAUAAAGUCGGCCAAGACACUGAAGCGGCUGCAGCUGCAGCCAUUCUUCGAGGUCUUGUCUACUACCGACAUGACACGCCUCAUCGGAUGCUUUGAUACUCUGACCAGACUAGAGGUCCAGAACUACAACGCGUUUGCCAAUCCUCCCGGCUACCAUAUGCUCAAGUUCUAUCCUCCGUUGAUAGAAGCCGUCAUCAAACAUAAGAAUCUCAAGGUCUUGAAGUUCACACACACUGAGUGGGAGCCCGGCGUCAGAGAGAUCGCUCGGGAUGUCAAGUUUCCAAAGCUUUCAGAGGACGAAGUCAAAACUUUCAUCGACAAGCUACAGGGUCUCGAGGAAUUCCACUUUGCGCCCGAUGUCAAGAGAGCCUGGAGAGUCGGAGCCACCCUAGCAGCCGCGCCCAACCUACGAUACGUAGCAUGCGAUGGUUUCGAGCUCUGGAUGAAGUGGGAGCCCCGGUGGAGUCCACGAUCCGACCCCUACAUCUUGCUCGGCCUUAGCCACGCUGUCUUCAAGAAACACGAGAAGGCCAGCAGCAGCGGAGACACAGCAGUCCCGUUCAAGUGGGAAGAUCAUACAAAGAUAUGCAGCAUGACCAUCGACGGCAUACGCAUCCACCUAGCUUCUUCCCCCAGGAGAGAUUUCUUACCGGUGCCUUGGGAGGUCAUCCGCCGUAGAAAGGCGUACCAAGUCCAGUACCUCAAGAAAGCCCCUGCCAUUGAGCCCAAGUCAGAGCCCAUCUUCCGCCAGGAUAUGAGUGGUUUGCAAAUCCAAGAUUGCUAG